AUGUAUCGAUUACUUACUGGAAUACUUAUCUUAUAUCAUAUUCAAAUAGUUAGUUCAAUCAUAUGCUAUCAAUGUACAGAUUGUCCAGAUCCAUUUACAGAAACUUAUCCAUAUGUAACUUUAGCAAAUAAUACAAAUUUUCUUUCUCAAUGCACUAAAACAGUUAUGAAUAUGGCUGAUGGUCGUCGUUUAGUAUCAAAAGGUACAGUAUUUUUUUGUCCAACUCAUACAUCGGCUGCUGAUGCUCAAAUAUAUUGUUGUAGUUCGGAUUAUUGUAAUGUUAGUACUCAAUUAAAUGUAUCAAUGAGUUUAUUGUAUUUAUCAUUUUUUAUUUUAAUGAAAAUAUAUUUAUGAAUAGAGACAAUAAAAUAAAUUGAAUUGUAUUUGAUAAUUGUUGAUAAGAUUUUACUGAACAAGUUAUUUUUUUAAUCAAAAUAUCAAACAAUAUCGUCUAUUUCUUCUUUGAUAAAUAAUAUUCAAUAAUCAAUUAUUUCUUAUUGAUUAGUUGAAAAUUGAUCCAGUAAAUGAAUGAAAUAAAUAAAAGUUUAUGUAUAUGUAUGUACAAUAUCUGAUAAGGUGAAAAAUUUUAUUCACAUUAAAUUAAUAAUAAAAACAUUAUUAGUUUAGUAUCACAUAUUUUAUAUUCAAAGUAAAAUAAAAAAUACAUUGAAAAAAGUACAUAAAAAACGCUUAAACUAUGUUAUUAUAACACAAAAAAGUUAUUUUAUAACUCAAUUUUUUAAUACAAUAUAAAGAUUUCAAUUGAAAGGGAUCCAUCUAUAGAACUCCAUAUGUAUACACAAUGUACUGGCUUAUAUUUUAUAACUCCUAUUUCCAAGAAUAUUACCAGAAAGGUAAUUUUUUCCUCAUAAAAGAAGUAAAAGCCAACUUCAGGCGUAGUGAAAAGUUAAUAUUGUCUUAAAUAAAAAAAUGAAGGGCCUCACCCGUACGGGAAAGACCCCUCAUCCG